AUGGCCACUAUCUCAGCCUUACGUCUGCUUGUAGCUGCGAUUGUCCUCGCAAUCACUACGGCAUUUCUCCGACUCCUUUAUAUAUUUUCUACUAUCCAGCCCCACCGAAAUCCUCAUGUCAAAUAUCCCAAGACUACACCCUCGCAUAUGGUAAUAGUCCUGGGCUCGGGGGGGCAUACUGCUGAGAUGAUGUCCCUCAUGCGAGAUGUAGACCCCCGGAGAUACAAGCAUCGUACCUACAUUGUGUCCUCUGGAGACGGGUUCUCCUCCAGCAAAGCCUUCGAAAUCGAAAAGCGUAUCCAAACGAAAUACACCGCGACAGGGAUCCGUAUAACCACUAGCGGAGAGGAUGACCCUGUGACGGGAGUAUGGGAUAUCAAAGUUGUACCGCGAGCAAGAAAAAUACACCAGCCUCUUUAUACUGCACCGUUCUCUUCGUUGUGGUGCUUGGUUGGUUGCUUGCGAGUAUUAUGCGAGACAGCUAGGGAAUCCAAGGUGUCGCCAGGCGCGUUUCCAGACAUUAUCCUCACAAAUGGACCUGCCACGGCAGUCAUAGUCGCUUUGGCUGCUAUGUUGUUGAAAUAUAUUGGUGUAGCGCCGCUAUGGACAAUGAAGACAAUCUAUGUGGAGAGCUGGGCGAGAGUGAAGACGUUGAGUUUAAGUGGAAAGAUUUUAUUGAGCCUUCGAGUCUGUGAUAGGUUCAUUGUACAGUGGGAGGCGUUAUCUAAAGCGAUCAAUGGCGGUACUGGAAGGAAGAGAGUAGAGUGGGGCGGAUUUCUGGUCGAAUAG